AUGGCUCACCUCGGAAGUGCCUCAGAAGCGCACGGCUCAUUCCCAGAUGUCUCGGAAGCAUCCCGGAAGAGCACGGCUCAUUACCACAAGCCUCGGGAGCUGGAUAAUUGUGCCAGGAGCCGGGGACGGGUUGUGACAAUGGCUCAAAAUGAUGAAGAGCAUACCAUAUCCCUCUUCCAGACUGCCUACAUCGACUCCUUGCUCAAGAAAUAUGGUCUAGACGACUGCAACUCUGUUACGACGCCUCUAGACCCCAAUGUUCGUCUCGACGACGACUCAGAUGAAGAAACAAAGCCAGGAGUGAACCAGGACCAAGACAAGCGCUUAUCUGUCGGAUACGCGACGCUUAUAGGUUCUCUGAUGUAUCUGGCCAUUGGAACGCAUCUAGAUAUCGCAUACGCCGUCCAGAAGCUCGCCCAGCUCACUCAGAACCCCAAACCAAAGCACUGGACCGCUGUGAAGCGAAUAUUUCGCUACCUCAAAGGAACUUGUACCCAUGCACUUACUUACAGCGGGUCCGACAACUUUACUACCCCAGAACUCAAUAUUUAUUGCGACGCCGACUGGGGAAGCAACGCGAACCGUAAAUCAAAACAAACCACAGUAGCGCUCUCAACCGCGGAAGCGGAGUAUGUAGCUGCUACUCAUGCCGCAAAACAAGUCCUGUGGCACCGUUCUCUGUUCACAGAACUUGGAAUUGACUUACCAACGACCUCGACAAUCUUCUCGGACAACCAGGCCACCGUUUCUGUCACACACCACCCGGAAUUUCAUGCACGCACGAAGCACAUCAACAUCGCGCUUCAUUUCCUCCGUGAUCUCGUGCAGAACGGCACCCUCAAUCUUGUGUAUAUCAACACAAACGACAACUUAGCUGAUCUAUUCACGAAAGGACUACCUAGAUCUGUACAUCAAGAUCUAACUACGGAGAUCGGCGUUCUGUCCGAGUAA